AUGUCGUUGUCCAGCCUAGCCAACUUCUGUGCCCAUUUAAAAAACUGCACGAACGUGAAUAUUGGCCUUACGUCAGUGCCUUUAUCUAGGUUGCAUUUGCAGGUUGCCCUCAACUUAUACAAGGAAGGCUUCCUCUCGUCUAUACAAAGAGGCUCAACAGUUGGACCAGAUGAAAAGCCCGUCGAUCCAGGCAGAAAGGUCAACUUGAGUACAACUGAGGUCAAGGCCUUGGCCUCUGGUUUCCCUGUCAGAUUCAUCAAACCACUCCAACCUGCUGAGUGUAUAUUCCUAAGAACAGAAGACAACGAGGUUGUGGAGAUCCAGGAGGCUGCAAAGAGAGACUUACAAGGAUUGGCCUUGUGCAGAGUCAAAUAA